GGGCUAAGCCAAACUAGAAUCAAGCAAGCAAUUCAGCUCUUCUCUCUCUCUUUCUCUCUUUCUGUAUUUUUGUACGGCAUAGCCAUACCAUGCUCUUUCUCCUCUUCUUCUUUCUGCAAAAUUUCCAAAUCCCACAACACCAAACGCCGCUGCAUCUAUUCCAAUUUAGCUAAUUAAACUCUACUGUCCCUUUAAUUUUGGUGUCGUGAUCUCUCUCCAGAUCGCUUGAUUGCUUAAUGGAGAGCACCGAUUCGUCGAGCGGCUCCCAGCAGCAGCCGCACCUCCCGCCGGGGUUCCGCUUCCACCCCACCGACGAGGAGCUCGUCGUCCACUACCUUAAGAAGAAGGCCGCCUCCGCCCCCCUCCCGGUGGCUAUCAUCGCCGAGGUCGAUCUUUACAAGUUUGAUCCCUGGGAACUACCCGCUAAGGCGACGUUUGGAGAGCAAGAGUGGUAUUUCUUUAGUCCUCGGGACAGGAAGUACCCUAACGGAGCACGGCCGAACAGGGCGGCGACGUCCGGGUACUGGAAGGCCACCGGAACUGACAAGCCGGUGUUGACGGCCGGCGGGACGCAGAAAGUGGGCGUGAAGAAAGCGCUGGUGUUUUACGGCGGAAAGCCGCCCAAAGGGGUGAAGACUAAUUGGAUUAUGCAUGAGUAUAGGCUUGCUGAUAAUAAACCCAACAACAAACCUCCCGGUUGUGACAUCAACAAGAAAGGCUCUCUCAGGCUGGAUGAUUGGGUUUUGUGUCGGAUUUACAAGAAAAACAACACGCAGAGGCCAAUAGAUCACGAAAGGGACGAUUUGAAUGAGAUGUUGGGAUCAAUUCCGCCGUCGAUUCCAACAACAAUCCAAUUUACCCAUCAAAAAUUUCAUCAAGGACUAUUCAAAUCCGCCGCAAACUAUGGUGGUCUGCUAGAAAACGAUCAGAAUAUAUACGAAGGGAUGAUUACAAGCAAUGGGUCGCCGAUUGUCUCCGCCGCCGCCGCCGCCAAUCUCCUCCCUUCAAAGCACCCCCACCACCUCCCCGCCAUGUACUGGAACGAGGACGCCCCUACCUGCAGCGACUCAUCGCCGCUCACUAAAAAAUUCCUCGCCGACGACAGCCACUUAACGGCCGCCCGGACCGACGACCAAAGCGGCGGCGGCGGCUCCAUUGCCACCCUCCUCAGCCAACUCCCCCAACAGAACGUCUCCGGCGACGGCGUUUUCCGGCAACCAUACCCAGUUUCCGGCCUGAAUUGGUACUCUUGAAAUUAAAAUUGGACCGACAAAACAAAACACA